GGCGGUUUUACCCGGCCGUUCGCCCCUUACAUAAGUCGGGAGCGAGUCCGCCCCCCAUCCCUUCUGCUGUUCCCCCUUCCCCCUCCCGGAGCCGCCCCCCUGCUGCAGCGAUGUGACACGCCCCCUCUCCAUCCCUUCCUCCCUCCCUCCCUUCCGUCGCCGUCCCCUCCCAGGAAGGAGCCGGAGUCGGCAGCGCCGCGGGCCCAGCAUGGAGUAGGGCGGCCCGGGGCUGGCGGCGCCGCGCGGGCAUGGAACUGGGCCCGGGGCCCUGCGCGCUGCCCCCCGCCGCCGGGGCCAGGGCGGCGGCGGGGGGACCCUGCGCCGAGAUGCUGCAGGUGGCGGAGGAGGCCUUCCGCGGCGGCAACUUCGAGCUGGCGGCCGAGAUCUACGGCUCGGAGCUGGCGGGGCUGCCGCAGCCCGAGCGGGGCCUGUGCCUCCGCCGCGCCGAUGCUCUGGCCAGGGCCGGCCGCAUGGCCGAGGCGCUGGACGCCUACGGCGCGGCGGCGCGGCUGGCGCGGUUGCGGCCCGAGGAGCUGCGGGAGCUGGCGGAGAGCGUCGCCCUCAGCAUCCGCGACAAGGAGCUGCGCCUGCCGCCCUGGGGGAGCGACGCGGCCGGCGGCGGGGCAGAGGGCGAGGGUCUGGGCGACCCGGCGUGCUGCCGCCCGCCUGAGCUGUUCGCCUGCCCGCUGUGCCGGCAGCUGCUGUGCGAGCCGGUGACCCUGCACUGCGGGCACACCCACUGCCGCCGCUGCGCCGAGCCCGGUGACUGCGGCCGCUGCCACCGCCCGCGCCGCUCCGCCGAGCCGACCCCCGCCGCCGCCGCGCCGCCCUCGCCGUCUGCCGCCGCCCGCCCGCGGGUCAACGUGGUGCUGGGCAACCUGCUGCACAAGUGGUUCGGCGCCGAGAGCCGGGCGCGGCGCCUCCGCGCCGAGGGCGACGCGCUGCGGGAGCGCCAGGAGCUGCCGGCCGCCCUGGAGAAGUACAACCAGGCCCUGGACAUGGCUCCUUGCAAGUGUUCACUAAUAGCACAGCGGGCAGAACUCUGUACGUUGAUGAAAAACUACCAGCAAGCUCUUCACGACGCAGAUGUCCUCUGCCGAAACAAACCCCACUGGCCUGCGGGCCAUUAUGUGAAAGCAAAAGCUCUUUCUGGAUUGGAAAGGACUGAGGAAGCAUUGAAGGAGUUUCUUUAUUGUGUUGCCUUAAAUCCUGAAUGGAGCUCAAUGAAGAAAGAAGCCCAAAAGAUAAUGUGUGAGAUGUUUUUCCCAGCCUUUGAAAAUGUGCAUGAUAGUCUAACAGCACCUUUCUCUAGUCGAACAUCCCAUACAAGAUUGAAACCUGCAUUUCUGAGUAGCAUAAAUACACAGUCAGCUGUGGAAGAUAACUCUGUUGCUGGGUCCUCAAAGGAUGCUGUAUUCAGGUUAACAAAAACCCCGUCCCAAGAAUCUGAUGUAUUCAGAAGCACUGAUUCUCCUGUUUCCCAUCAUGUUCUGGAUCUCUAUUUUGAAGACAACAAGAAGUCUUUGGGAGCUAUUCUCUCCAGUUUACCUGGGGUUGGCUUAAAAAGAAAGCUGUCCAGUGAUAUGAGGGAUUUACAGAGUUUGGAUGUCCCCAAUAAGAUUCCUAAAAAAGAUGCAGAUGUUUUACCUGAAAACACCACCGACACUUCAAGUGAGAUACCAACAACUCUGGUGGAUGCAUCAGACUUUGAGUGUUCCCUCUGCAUGAGGUUGUUCUACGAACCUGUUACCACACCCUGUGGACACACCUUUUGCCUCAAAUGCCUUGAGCGUUGCCUUGACCAUAAUCCACUUUGCCCACUCUGCAAAGAAAAGCUGUCAGAAUUUCUGGCAAGCAGAACUUACAAGAAGACCGUCCUUACAGAAGAACUGAUAGUCCGUUACCUGCCGGAGGAGUUAUCUGAAAGAAAGAAAGUCUAUGAGGAAGAAAUGAAGGAAUUGUCAAAUUUGAAUAAAGAUGUUCCCAUCUUCGUAUGUACCAUGGCCUUUCCUACCAUCCCUUGUCCGCUACAUGUCUUUGAACCUCGUUAUCGCCUAAUGAUAAGAAGAUGCAUGGAAACUGGUACCAAGCAGUUUGGCAUGUGCUUAGCUGAUGAAUUAAAAGGAUUUGCAGAUCAUGGCUGUAUAUUAGAGAUCAGGGACGUAAAGUUUUUUCCUGAUGGACGCUCAGUUGUUGAUACAGUUGGUGUCCGUCGUUUUAGGGUCUUAAGCCAUGGCCAACGAGAUGGAUAUAACACAGCAAACAUCGAGUAUCUUGAAGAUAAAAAGGUUGAAGGACCAGAAUAUGAAGAACUUGUCCGUCUUCAUGAUUCAGUUUAUGAUCAAGCUGUUGCCUGGUUUACUUCUCUUAAAGACAAUAUGAAAGUGCAAAUUCUCAAUCAUUUUGGGUCCAUGCCAGGAAAAGAACCAGAGCCACAGAGCAACCCCAGUGGUCCUGCCUGGUACUGGUGGCUCUUGGCAGUGCUGCCUCUGGAAAACAGAGCUCAGCUGGCUAUAUUGGCUAUGACCUCCCUUAAAGAUCGUCUUAUUGCCAUCAGACGCGUAUUGAUAUUUGUGACUCGCAAAAGACCCAGAUAACAUGGACUUCAGUUGAGUGGGCACUGAAAAAACAUCUCAUGAUAGGUCGUUCUAGGGGAGGGCAAAGGGGAGGGGUUGUUUUUGUAUUUUUCAAAGAUUCCUUCAAAAAAAAGCAGCCCUUUCUGACUA